CAGAACUGUCAAAACCGUCGAGACAGAAAAAUCAUUUUUUUCGUCACAAAAGUGUUUUGUGUUGUUAGUAGUGAAGAUUGCGAAUAUUUACAUUGCGAAAUAGAAUAUCGCGCAUAAAGCAAUAACAAUUCGCGGAGGAAAAAUGAGCAUCAGCGAUAAAAACGAUGGAAUUACCCGAGAGGAAUGGCAAUCCCGGCUGGAAACGUUUCCCUUCAAACAGGACGACAUCAACAAACUGAUAAUGAAUUAUCUGGUCACAGAGGGAUUCAAAGAAGCAGCUGAAAAGUUCCAAGCAGAAUCCGGAGUGGAACCCUCGGUAGAUCUCAGCUCACUGGACAACAGAAUAUUGAUACGGGAAGCCGUGCAGAAUGGACGGAUACAGGAGGCCACACAUCUGGUCAACCAGCUGCACCCGGAACUACUUGACAACGAUCGCUAUCUCUACUUUCACCUUCAGCAGCUGCAUCUUAUUGAACUGAUCCGGGCAGGAAAAAUUGAAGAGGCACUUACCUUCGCGCAGACGCAGAUUUCCGAAGCCGGCGAAAGCAAUCCAGAGGUACUGAACGAAUUGGAACGAACCCUGGCAUUGCUGGCGUUUGAGAAACCCCAAAACAGUCCGUUUGCCGAUCUUCUUGAUCAAACUCACCGACAGAAAGUGGCCAGUGAACUUAACGCAGCUAUUCUCAAGAUGGAGCACCAGGAACAGUCCAGCCCAAGAAUGAUUAACGUUCUCAAGCUGAUCCUCUGGGCUCAAGCCGAGCUGGACAAGAAGAAUGUGAAAUAUCCGAAAAUGAUCGAUCUGGCAACGGCUACUAUUGAUCCUAAGUAAAGACGGUAAAAGAGGAAUUAAUAUAUAUUAAUCUUAUGUGUACUAAUUUAGCAGUCGUGCUUUUCCCUACAUUGGAUUAGAUAGAAAAGUUCUGAACAAUUUGAGGGCCCAAGCAAAUGGAAUGACAUGAUAGAUUAAAAAAAUUGGUUUUGUAUUGAGAGGGUUUUGUUCGUAUACUUACCUAGCACAUUGAAGUUAAGUUUCUUUUUUAGUUUUAUUAUUGUAAUAUCUCAGAUGAAGCUUCACAAUCAUUCAAUAGAUCAAUACGCGUUACUUUCAUUCAUUCAUUGUCUUUAGAAGCCAAUACCUACAAAAGUCCAUAACUUUCAGAUCGUUCGCUUAUAUUUCAUAUUUUUCUUCAAAAGUUUUCAUGAUUGACGCUUUCAUAUUUCUAUAAAUAUUCCUGUUUUUUAUGUUAUAUUCAAUGUGAAUUUCCUUUUAAAUACUCGCACGUAAUCGAUUCCAUAUUAGUCAUCCAUUGAAAUAAUAUUUUAAUCAAGGCGUUCAUUUCUCAAAGCCACACAUAAGACGUAAAUGAUUUAUCUAAGCAAAUCAAGAAUACAUAUAAAAGUAUGGAAGCGUAAUAUAUCAUGAUUAAUGUAUUUUUUGUAAACAAAUUUUAAAAAAUAGUUUUGCUGUAAUGAGAGUGGUCUAAUAAAUUAGGAAAGUACGACUGUCUUGUGCUGAUAAAAAUGUCAAUGAUAAAAGAAUGGAAAUAUACAAUAAAGCAGUGUUUCGGGUUUCA